GAGAGAGAGAGAGAGAGAGAGGAAAGGAAGAGAGAGAGAGAGAGAGAGAGGAAAGGAAGAGAGAGAGAGAGAGAGAGAGAGAGAGAGAGAGAGAGAGAGAGAGAGAGAGAGAGAGAGAGAGAGAGAGAGAGGAAAGGAAGAGAGAGAGAGAGAGAGAGAGAGAGAGGAAAGGAAGAGAGAGAGAGAGAGAGAGAGAGAGAGAGGAAAGGAAGAGAGAGAGAGAGAGAGAGAGAGAGAGAGGAAAGGAAGAGAGAGAGAGAGAGAGAGAGAGAGAGAGGAAAGGAAGAGAGAGAGAGAGAGGAAAGGAAAAGACAGGAAAGGAAAAGAGAGGAAAGGAAAAGAGAGGAAAGGAAAAGAGAGGAAAGGAAAAGAGAGGAAAGGAAAAGAGAGGAAAGGAAAAGAGAGGAAAGGAAAAGAGAGGAAAGGAAAAGAGAGGAAAGGAAAAGAGAGGAAAGGAAAAGAGAGGAAAGGAAAAGAGAGGAAAGGAAAAGAGAGGAAAGGAAAAGAGAGGAAAGGAAAAGAGAGGAAAGGAAAAGAGAGGAAAGGAAAAGAGAGGAAAGGAAAAGAGAGGAAAGGAAAAGAGAGGAAAGGAAAAGAGAGGAAAGGAAAAGAGAGGAAAGGAAAAGAGAGGAAAGGAAAAGAGAGGAAAGGAAAAGAGAGGAAAGGAAAAGAGAGGAAAGGAAAAGAGAGGAAAGGAAAAGAGAGGAAAGGAAAAGAGAGGAAAGGAAAAGAGAGGAAAGGAAAAGAGAGGAAAGGAAAAGAGAGGAAAGGAAAAGAGAGGAAAGGAAAAGAGAGGAAAGGAAAAGAGAGGAAAGGAAAAGAGAGGAAAGGAAAAGAGAGGAAAGGAAAAGAGAGGAAAGGAAAAGAGAGGAAAGGAAAAGAGAGGAAAGGAAAAGAGAGGAAAGGAAAAGAGAGGAAAGGAAAAGAGAGGAAAGGAAGAGAGAGGAAAGGAAGAGAGAGGAAAGGAAGAGAGAGGAAAGGAAGAGAGAGGAAAGGAAGAGAGAGGAAAGGAAGAGAGAGGAAAGGAAGAGAGAGGAAAGGAAGAGAGAGGAAAGGAAGAGAGAGGAAAGGAAGAGAGAGGAAAGGAAGAGAGAGGAAAGGAAGAGAGAGGAAAGGAAGAGAGAGGAAAGGAAGAGAGAGGAAAGGAAGAGAGAGGAAAGGAAGAGAGAGGAAAGGAAGAGAGAGGAAAGGAAGAGAGAGGAAAGGAAGAGAGAGGAA